GGGUGCAAAGGCGAGCGCAGAAAGAAAGCAAAAAGCACGGUCAUCUGUUAUAUUCGGUUAAAGAUGGCCUACUUGAGGACUGGUUCACUAUAAAGAUAGCAUUGAUGCAUGGUUUUAGCUGAUUACAUGUUUUUGUCCGUGUAUGUGCAUGUAAAAUAUAAUAUACACGGUGAUCUAUGCGAAAGUGGACCACUUUGGUAAAUCUCAUGAAACCCAUAUCCUCAAACUAAUCUUUUUUUCUAUUAGCUGCAUGUCUCCUCUAUGUAAUAUUUAAGAGUUAAAUGGGAUAGAUAGCACACGGAAAGGCGCCUCUGAAUUCUUGAUGAGCUUGUUCAGCCGAAUGGCCUACGUGUCGAGUUUUAGUAAGUCUCUGCCCGUGAGAGAGUCGGCCGGCAGCUCACCCGUGAUGACAAUUCUGGAACUUGAGCAACUUUUGUAUACGGGGAAGUGCAUCCACAACCACGCGGACGAAGUUUGGCCCAACCUGUACCUGGGAGAUCAGGACAUAGCUUCAAGUCGGAGUGAGUUGUCGAGACUUGGGAUCACCCAUAUCCUGAACUGUGCGCACAGCAACUGGCGCAGUGGUGCAGAUUAUUAUAAAGGCAUGUGCAUCACCUACCUUGGCAUCGAAGCGCGUGACUCACCCACCUUCGACAUGAGUGUCAACUUCACCCCUGCGGCCGACUUCAUUCACCAGGCCCUUAGUGGAGGAGGGAGAAUCUUGGUACAUUGUGCAGUGGGAGUUAGUCGCUCGGCCACGCUGGUCCUGGCUUAUCUGAUGAUCCGGGAGCACAUGACUCUGGUGGACGCCAUCAAGACGGUAAAGGACCGGCGCGGCAUCAUCCCCAACCGCGGCUUCCUGCGGCAGCUCACCGUGCUGGACACCAACCUCCGCUACGGCCGUAGAAUCUAAGGGCAUACUGGACGAAAGAAAUGCAGCACGACGGCGAAUGUAAAGCUCGCCUUGUGCAUUUCGUAAAUCCAGCAAAUACAGACUUUGGAAAAUAUAGGAUAUUAAUCUGUGCCUGAAAACGUAAUAUUAUAAUCGUGAGGUUAUAGUUUCUAAUGCACUUGCCCUGCAUACUGAUGCAGAGUUGACAACUUUGGUCAGCUGGCUGUCGUGAGAUUUUCAUUUCGAGACGAGUCUGCGCAAUCAUUUACGUGCAUGUAACAGUUUUAUUACCUUGCAAAUAGUCUCUACUGUUUGCAAACUACCCAGCGCUUUUGAUGCAGCUAAUUUUAGGUUUAUAAGGGAAUAAUACAGAUUUGCAGUAAAAUCUCUUGCGUGAGCGUGAGUCAGAAAGCGUGAGUGAGAGUUGUGUGCAGUUUUCCGUUCCCGUUUCAAAUUUUGCAGAUGCAGUUAUUACCGGUUAAACACACAUUAUGUAAGAAGUACAUGGGAAUUCGAAAAGUAAAGGGGAAAAAAAUCAUUGUAUUACUGCUUUAAUAUUGGCUAGUCUGAUAUGUUGCACUUUUGUGACAUGCUGGGUGUUAAAUUCUUGAGUAAUAUGUAGGCUAUUUAUUUCCCCUGAGAUCAUUUUUAAAAGCUAUAGGCCUGCCUUUUAUAAAUAAAUUAUAUUUCAUUUAUUUAUGAGAUUGUAUAAUGAGUAGUACAAACUUUAUAUAAGCUAGUUCACUUAAGUAAACUGUUUGGCCAGAAUGAAUUCUUUGUGAACACCGUAUUGCCAUUUUAAAAUGUUUUUGAAAAUC